CCCAUUUGGGGGGGCCUGGGGCCCCUCGUCCCAAGCCAGGAGGGCUUUGGGGGAGGGGUGCAACUCUUGGCAUAUUCCCCGUGUGGCCCAGGGGGUUGUGAGGUGCCCGGGAGGUGAGGGCAAACCUCACAGGGGUAGGCACGAGUAAGGUUCUCUUCCCCCCACUGGGGGUUCCUCGGGGACAGAGGCAGAGGGCGGCCCGGAGGCCUCCAAGACAGAGGCGGGGCAGAGGUGGUGGCAGGGUGGUGUCUGGAGGCCGGGGCACCAUGGCCACGAUCCAGUCGGAGACUGACUGUUACGACAUCAUCGAGGUGCUGGGCAAGGGCACCUUUGGGGAGGUGGCCAAGGGCUGGCGGCGAAGCACGGGCGAGAUGGUGGCCAUCAAGAUCCUCAAGAAUGACGCCUACCGCAACCGUAUCAUCAAGAACGAGCUGAAGCUGCUGCGCUGCAUGCGGGGCCUGGACCCCGAGGAGGCCCACGUCAUCCGCUUCCUUGAGUUCUUCCACGACGCCCUCAAGUUCUACCUGGUUUUUGAGCUGCUGGAGCAAAACCUGUUUGAGUUUCAGAAGGAGAACAACUUUGCACCUCUUCCCGCCCGCCACAUCCGCACGGUCACCCUGCAGGUGCUCAGAGCCCUGGCCCGGCUCAAGGAACUGGCCAUCAUCCAUGCCGAUCUCAAGCCUGAGAACAUCAUGCUGGUGGACCAGACCCGCUGCCCCUUCAGGGUCAAGGUGAUCGACUUCGGCUCGGCCAGCAUUUUCAGCGAGGUGCGCUACGUGAAGGAGCCGUACAUCCAGUCGCGCUUCUACAGGGCCCCCGAGAUCCUGCUGGGGCUGCCCUUUUGUGAGAAAGUGGACGUGUGGUCGCUGGGCUGUGUCAUGGCCGAGCUGCACCUGGGCUGGCCGCUCUACCCUGGCAACAACGAGUAUGACCAGGUGCGCUACAUCUGCGAGACCCAGGGCCUGCCCAAGCCCCACCUGCUGCACGCCGCCCGCAAGGCCCACCACUUCUUCAAGCGCAACCUCCACCCUGACGCCGCCAACCCCUGGCAGCUCAAGUCUUCGGCUGACUAUCUGGCCGAGACCAAGGUACGCCCGCUGGAGCGCCGCAAGUACAUGCUCAAGUCGCUGGACCAGAUUGAGACAGUGAACGGCGGCGGGGCGGCUGGGCGGCUGACCUUCCAGGAUCGGGAGGCGCUGGCCGAGCACGCCGACCUCAAGAGCAUGGUGGAGCUGAUUAAGCGCAUGCUGACCUGGGAGUCGCACGAACGCAUCAGCCCCAGCGCCGCCCUGCGCCACCCCUUCGUGUCCAUGCAGCAGCUGCGCAGCGCCCACGAGACCACCCGCUACUACCAGCUGUCGCUGCGCAGCUGCCGCCUCUCCCUGCAGGUGGAGGGCAAGCCCCCCACGCCGGUGGUGGCCGCUUCGGAGGAUGGGCCCCCCUACUACCGUCUGGCCGAGGAGGAGGAGGCCGUGGGUCUUGGCAGCGUGGCGGGCAGCGGGCCCUUCUUCCGCGAGGAGAAGGCACCGGGCAUGCAGAGGGCCAUCGACCAGCUGGACGACCUGAGUCUGCAGGAGGCGGGCCACGGGCUGUGGGCGGAGACCCCCAGUGCGCUGGCCCCACUCAAGGCCGCGGUGGCUGGCCUCCGGGCGCCCGACCCGGGCCCCGAGCCCAUCCUGGCCUUCUACGGCAGCCGUCUGGUCGGCCGCCACAAGGCCCGCAAGCCGCCCACCGGCUCCAAGUCCGACUCCAACUUCAGCAACCUCAUCCGGCUGAGCCAGGCCUCGCCCGAGGACGAGGGGCCCUGCCGGGGCAGCGGCUGGGCAGAGGGCGAGCACCGCGGCGCCUCCGCCAAGCCGCCCACCAUCCCGAAGCGGGACGGGGAUGGGCCAGACAUCAAGGACAUGGAUGCUGAGAGGCCGAGCUCUGAGCUCUUCGACCCCAGCGCCUGUCCUGGAGAAUGGCUUAGUGAGCCAGACUGGACCCUGGAGGGCAUCAGGGGCCCACGGGCUCAGGGGCUCCCAACCCGCCAUACCCACCCACACGGUCCACCCCGGGCCACCAGCUUUCUGCAGCAUGUCGGCGGGCAGCAUUGAUGGUGACCCCACCUCUACCCAUCGCUGGUGGCUGAGCUAGCUGGGCUGGCCUCCCUUCCUCAGAGCCAUCCCCUGAACCCACAAAUUCUUACAGAAACAGUUAUCCAGAAAUCCCCAUCCCCCCCACCCGCAGUGCAUGCCUGCACACACCCCCCAAACACAGGAGGGCCUGGGUGUCUGGCCUGUGGCCCCCUCCGUCAGAGGGGCACGGAAAGGCGCUGCACCCCGCUGGCCCUGAGCACGUCUUGGCCCUGUUGUCUCUGCCUAUUUCAAUAAAGAGCUG